AUGAUAAUAUCAUGCCUACCAUUAAUCCGCCGAUACGAUUAUCCUAUUUUUUAUGUCUUCCAUUACCUCUUGGCUGCCUUGGUGGCCACCGGCGUCGUCUUACAUUUGCCGCACGGCUCCGCGGAUGCAUGGCGUCUAGUCUACGCCAUCGCUGCUGUCUUUGGAGCGAAUACACUGCUGAAGACCGGCGUAGUGCUCCAUCGCAACUGGGCUUUUGCAGGCUCAUGGAGCCAUGGUGAUGUGAUGAAGUGUGCGGACGGGAGCCUGCGCAUUGAGAUAUACCCUGGACGACCGGUCAUCGUUCAGCCAGGCCAGUAUAUUGACCUGUGGGUUCCAUCUUUGAAUCCCUGGUCAUGGUUUCAGAGCGCGUCUUUCAUUGUUACGUCGUGGUCCACGGAGAAACAGUCCACGCUCCAACUUUAUGCCAAGUGCCCUAAUCGCCUCCUCGGAUUCACGUGGCUCCUGCUUUGGCGGGCGCUGCGCAAUUCUCGCCGUAAUCUGAUGCUUUUCAGCGGCCCACAUGGGAUCAGUGUCCCUGCUUCCCACUACGAGACAGUGUUGCUCGUAGCAAGCGAUUCCGGCAUACUCGCUAUCAGACCAUACGUGGAUCAGCUCUUCCACUGUGUGACUAAAAGAACGUCCAAAACUCGUCGUCUUUGCCUUGUCUGGAACGUGACACGACGAAGUAGCAAUCACUUCAUCGGUGACAUUUUCGGGUGGGUUAACAAGCUGCUUCUGAAUGAUAUUAAAGAUCAUACGAAAAUGCUGGCCGUGAAGAUAUAUAACGCCCAAGGGGUUUUGAAAACAAGACCUGGCCAAAACGGAAGUCGGGGAGAGGUAAUCCAGAAUCAGGCGGAUCUCCCCGCUCUCAGUUCUCUGUUGGCCGAAGAAGUCCAGGCACACCAAGAAAGGAUUAGGGCAGACGACAUGAAAGAACGAGGAGGGAUGCUGGUAAUGGCAUCUGCGUCCGAUACAAUCAGAGACAACUUGCGCCAAUCAGUCAAGGCCUACCUGGCGGGGGUUCGUCUUGUGGAACUUGACUACCAGCCAACGGACAAUUCAACACCGGGGCUACUCCGGCGGUUGAAGUAA